UACCCACAAUAUAAAUUGUCAACUCUGAACGAUGUAUUGGAUCCCACUCCCCAUCUACCCAUCACAAAAAAAAAAAUGAAAGAAAUGAAGAUUUUCUACACAAAGAUGAAAGAUUUUAAUUAUAGCCCCAUCAAUUCAGUUUUAACAACUUUCAAUUAGUGGGGGAAACCCCAAACGCCACACAUAUUUGUACGUAGCUUGUUGAGUGCCGAGUCGAUCUGUGAUAGCUUUAAAACAUCCACUGUAUCAAUUCUUAUGAAUAGGACCUCUGAGGCUUGGUGGCUUGACCACUGGCCACAGAUCGAUCGACACCUUCAAUCUUCAAUGGGAAAAUAAUUUAUAUAUAAUAUUCUAAUUAAGUUUCUAACGUCUUAAUCUUCGACUUCUUCCUCUUCUUUAUAAUUGUAUAUGUAUGUAAGUUAAAGUCUCAAUGUUGGCUGCCAACUGCCUACGCAUCCUCCACUCAUGCUUGGCUUAUCAUAUUCACUUCCUGCGUCACACAUUUCCUGCACUGUCUUUCUCUUCAGUUCACAAUGAAAAUCGCCAUUGUCUGUCUAAUCCAGCUCCUACUUCUUCUCUGCUGCUUGUAUAACACAUGGCUCCUAGUCGAGGUCGAGGCUGCCACCAAAGAUCUUGUCAAAGGCUUCUCGGCCACUCCGGACUCAUCUGUCUCCUCCUUCCAAUCCCUCCUCGAUGAUUCCACAGGUAGCUUUUCUCUCGGUUUCUUUCGAGUUGAGCACUCCCAGCUCGCUCUUGCUGUUCUCCACGUUCCCUCCUCGGAACCCGUUUGGCUCGCCAACCCGUUCCGCUCUGCACGGUGGUCGAAGCCCACUCAGCUUCUCUUCAAUGGUAGUUUAGUCUUGUCAGAUCCCCGUACGGGUGUACUUUGGUCAACCAGAGCCAACGGUGACCGAGUAGUUCUGCUCAGCAACUCCAACCUUCAAGUACGAGACGGUUCAGGCGCUGUUCUCUGGCAGAGUUUUGAUUUCCCAUCCGACACACUUGUGGAGAACCAGAAUUUCACGGCCAGCAUGAAGCUGACUUCCUCGAAUGGGCUUUACUCCAUGAAACUAGGGGACGACCAUAUUGGCUUGUAUAUGAACUUCGAUGGAGGUUCAAAUCAGAUUUACUGGGAGCGCAAAGCUUUGGAAGCGAAAGCAGAAAUCGUCCCUGGAAAUGGAACGAUAUAUGCUCGAGUCAGCUCGGAUGGCUUCCUGGGUAUGUACCAGACAGAAAAGGCUCCGGCAGACGUGCAAAAAUUCGACAGUUUUCAGAUUCAAGUUUCCGGCAUCCGGCGGCUCAGGAUGGAAACCGAUGGAAAUCUCAGGGCUCACUACUGGAACGGAUCUAUCUGGGUUUUGGAUUACCAGGAGAUAACCAAAGAGUGUGAGCUUCCGAGAUCAUGCGGAUCCUAUGGUCUCUGUAUUCCGGGGAAAGGUUGUGAAUGUCUGGAUAACCAGACAGCAUACUCCUCCGGUGGAUGUCUUCCGCCGGGAUCCGGCGAUUUCUGCAACGCAAAAACAGAAAAGAGACCUGCGUAUUGGGUUUUGAGGAGAAACGGCGUUGAGCUGCCUUACAAGGAGGUGAUGGGUUAUGAAAAGAUGACAACUAUGAAAGAAUGCGAGAGUUCCUGCGAGAGAAACUGCAGCUGCUGGGGAGCUGUUUUUAACAACGACACUGGGUAUUGUUACAGGCUGGAUUAUCCAAUAAACACGUUGGAGGCUGUUGGGGAUGAGAACAGAAGAGGAUAUUUUAAGGUGAGAACAGUGGAAGGGAAGCCGAGAGAUGUGGGUUACGCCAUUGGGAUCGUUCUGCUGGUUGGAGCAAGCUUGAUCUUCGUGGGGAUUGCUGGGUUUGGAGGUUACAAGAUCCUGAGAAGGAGGAGAGUCAAAGGGARACUCGGGGAGGAGGGGAUAUCGCCCGGUCCUUACAGAGAUUUGGGUUCAGCGAGCUUUCGAUCGAUCGAGAUGUGCAAAUAGUGACGAGAGUACUGAGUAGUGACUAAGUGGCCGGGACCCUCCCGUUCUCGUCGUCUGAUUACUGUCAAGAGUGACCGGGAUCGAGAUGUGCAGUCUUUGGAGUGACGCACGCACUGACGAAGGUUACAAAGACAAGAUAAGAAAACAACCGUCUCACCAGUCCACUGUCCACCGGCUGAUAUGAGUGUAAACAAAUAAGAAUCACCCAAUCGCUAAUUUCGUCGUUUGGCCACGAAGGUAAAGACAAAUUCCUGGUAGGCUUAUAGCUGAGAGCUCAUAUCUUAUCCGUUUAUGUCAAUGGAUUCUUAUUCAAUGGGGACCCACACCCACGUGAAGAGCUCUUUUGUUUCGUCA